GAAAGUUUUGAAUUAUACGUGAGUGGGAGUUUGCACAUCAGUGUGUGCAUACUUCUAGCAAAGGAAAAGUGUUCAUUUUCUAUGAUUUUCUAUUCUCCAUGGGAUCAUGCUACAUUUAUUUGCCAAGGUCAUCCUUGUGAUUUUUGAUGAUAGUUCGAAGUUAGUCUCCGGCAGACAAUAAAGAAGUUUAUUAAAGAUGACUAAAAUAUUAAUUGAAGCUGACACUACUGGUAUUGUGCAACAAUUAGCUACUCUUGUAGAAAAAAGUGCAAACGAUGCGAUUUCCAAUGAUGAUAUUUUCAAAAUUGGUUUGUCAGGUGGAUCCAUGGUCAAGUUUUUGGUCGAUGGCUUAUCUACAAUUUCCACUGAUUGGAGCAAAUGGCGCUUUUUCUUUUGCGACGAAAGAAUCGUCUCGUUUGAUCAUGCUGAAUCGACAUAUGGGAUGUACAAAAAGAGCUUAAUAGGAAAAAUACCGGUCUCUGAGGAUCAGUUCGUAAAAGUAGAUCCAGAACUCUCAACGGAAGAAGCAGCAAAGGACUACAUUAAAAAAAUGUCUGUUUAUUUCCCACCGGACUGUGUACCAAGGUUCGAUGUGUUGUUACUGGGAAUGGGGCCAGAUGGUCACACUUGCUCACUCUUCCCCAACCAUCGUCUGUUAGAGGAAACAAGUCUUUGGGUCUGUGCCAUUAACGAUUCGCCCAAGCCUCCUUCGUCGAGGAUCACAUUAACAUUUCCAGUUAUAAACAAUGCCAGGGUUUGCAUUUUUGCUAUCUCAGGAGAAAGCAAGAAGACUAUGGUUAAGCGUAUCUUGAAAGAUAAGGAAAACUUGCCAGCGACGAGGGUUCAACCUGUUGACGGAUCCCUCUACUGGAUUCUGGACCAAGAUGCAGCAAAGCUGUUGGACCAAGUUUCACUGCAGAGAAUAGAGGACUCUGAUAACAUUCCACAUUCUAACUAAUUAUUUUCUAUACACACGUGCAAAUAAUAAUUUUGUAUAACAUGACUAAUUAUUAGGUAGGUAAUUAAUUUAACACAAAUAUCAAAUUAUCGAGCGUAUAGAUUCCAUUCAAUUUGAAGUACAGUGAGCACUGUCUAAACGAGUAAGUCAUAUAUUUUACUACAAUUUGAGCUUUAAACAACACGCUACUUUGACUUGUGAAAAUUUAUUUGUAAUCGCAAGUUUUGCUACUUACCUUGACUUUGGCUCUUUUGCAAGCUACUGACAGUCAUCAUUGAAAAAAGGCGAGUGGAUUUUAUUAAACAGAGAUUUCGGACUUUUUGCUGCCUUAUUACGAAUUUAUAAAAUUCUACGAUACGAAUAUCACUACAAAAAAUCGAAUCUCCAAUGUUACUUUCUCUUAUUGACAUUAAGAUUCUCAGUCAAAUUGAAAAUUAGAGUAGUUAGUACGGCACAAUUAGAACACCCUUUUUUAGCCCCCGUGGCCUGAGAACGAAAAUAUGUUAUAUUUUUUUAUUAUUUUUUUAGUGCACACUAUAAACAGACUGACCAAGUUUCCUUCUUAGAUACCAAAGAUGGUACGUUUUUCAAUUCAAAAUACUUACAUGUAUGAAUUGCGUAGGGAGGGAGAAAAACACGAGUUAUAUAUUUGUUUUAAUCGCAUUCAGCGUCCUGAUCUAUCGUAUUGCAUUAAGGAUUUAUGGCCUUCUCAAAACUAGCAUCGCAAAUGCUGUGUACUUUAUUAUCGAUAAAUGUGUUGUAAGUGACGCAAGAUGGAAAUAUAAUUGCUGAAUUGAAUGUA